AUGGACGAUCACACUAUUGCACACCCAAACGAUAGCGAACCGUCAACUACUGAUCAAGAUCACUCCGCUCGUCAAUUAGAACAAUCCUAUCGACACAACAGUGAUUGGGAGUUCCGCUCUAUCGACGAUGAUCGCCGCGCAGCUGCUCACGGCUUCGUUACACCCGAGGAUCUAUUGCUCGUGGCAGAUAACAGCGGUGAGAGACAUGAUAAUAUCAAGAUCGUUUGGACGGGAACAGCAGGUGACCCUGGCUCGAGAAGUGCUAUAGUCGGCACAGCGUCGCAGCACCUGCAGACCAUGUACGAGUUACGCAAUUUACUUGGUCUCCCGAUGUCGUUCCGAGGGAAAGUACCAUCAUACCCUGCCAACACUGAUAUUCGCGUAAAGCAAUACUGGGAGAGAAAACAUGGGUUACAAUCGCUAGUCCGCGCUGUUCAAGCUCAAGCAACAGGCCAGCAGGAAUUGUCGCCUGCAACGCCUUGCCCUAGAUUGGCGACCCAAGAAGCGUCUGAUCCUACGGUUAUGGAGGCUUACAACGCAGAGAGAACGCAGAAACCAUCUGUACCAGCAUAUCGAUUGCCCGAACGAACUGCGCCCCUCCAAAAUCAUGAUGAGGCAACUCAGCGUCAAGAAUCAUCCUCAACAACUGUGGAGUCUUCAGCAGCAACAUCUCAUGCAAGAGACAUAUGGUCUCACAGUGAUUUAGAGAAUAUGGCUAAGUUGCCAUGCAUAGAUUGUGGAGACAAUAAUGGCCAUGCAAGGGACUGCAAUAUUGGCAAUCUCACCUUCAAGGAGCAUCUCACAAUGCUCGACUAUCGUGUUUUGGCAGAUAUUGUUGAGCAAUUUGACCCUGGUCCAUGGACAACACACUUUAAUCCAUACCGAGAACCUGAGCCCGAAGAUCCUCGGGUUCAGAUAGCUGGUAUGGCAGAAGUGAUAAGAAAUGAAGAUAGCUACAAGAACGAUCCGGAAUUACAUGAUCUACCAGACGACCUUAUGAUUAUUCUGUGGGCAUUCAAAACUUCCGACUGCGUGGAAGUGAUAAGCUUGUAA